CUUCUCCAACGCCGCCGCCCCCCUCGCCCCGCUGUCGAGGAUGUGCAUGGAUGGGGCUAACAUAGUGUGAUUAUCUCCGCUUGUCGUCUUGUCGUCUCUCCUCAUUUUCUCUUCCCUCCCCCCAUCAUCUAUUCUACGAGCAAAUCAUAUUACCGGGCUUUCCAGCACAUCCCUGAUCGUGAUCAGCCAACCUCUCCGCCUCCUCAGUCCACUCAAAGCCAUCAUCCUAUCCUUCCAUCCUUCCAUCCAUCCAUCCACUCUCACUCCCCACACCUCAGUGACCCUGUCGUCUCGCUCGUGGACCGUCCAUUAUCAUUGCUAUUAUAGCACGAGGCGUAUGCCCGGUAAUUCAUGCACAGCGGCCACCACUAAAGGACUGCUCUGCUUUCCUCACAUCCCCGCCUCCGAUAGCAAUAUAUCCCUGAACAGGCAUCCCGCUCCCUGGUGGAACGUACACCGUACAUCCAGGAAGCAGACGUCGACUAACUCUCUAACGCUCAACCCCGCUAUUCCAUUCUUCGGAGUACAAACAAAAUAGAUUCGUUGCCGCUUUGGGGUCCCCAACACUACAAAUUUCUCCAGACCGCGGAGAGAUGCACGCUGAGAUAUAGAUGGGCUGGACAUCCGACCGUCUUAUUCUCCGUAUCUCAUCACUUCGUUUCACUCCUCCACUACAGACUCAUACGCCCGGUUGAAGCUCGCCGAGCCACGUCCACUAAGAUAACCCAUGUCUGUCCAUCAUACUAUCAUUGUCUCCCCACUACAGCCUGUCUUACCGACCAGCCUGGGAGUAGGCAUUUCUCGAAAACUCACCAACCAAAAUGCUUUCCAACCCUCCCCAUCGCUAUUCAAGCUACCACACCAUGCCAGUCAACAACACGUUGCCGACUGGCCACAUCCCAUCGAACCACAUUCACGGAGGCGGCUUGGACAACCUGGCGCAUGGCUCACAGCAUGCGCUUCAUCAACUGCAACGGCAGAUCGAUGUACAUCAGAAUCAUCAUUCGAAUAGGGACUCUAAUUCAAAGCAUCGGCAACACCCAUACAACCGGGUAGCCGGUGGGAUGCUAGGCGGCCGAAGCUCCGGCAUGAAUGGAUCUCAGGCUUCUGGCCCAGCCCGACGACGAAUCAGCAGGGCCUGCGACCAGUGCAACCAGCUAAGAACCAAGUGCGAUGGACAAAACCCAUGCGCACACUGUGUUGAAUUCAACCUAGGUUGUGAAUAUAUACGUGAGCGAAAGAAGCGCGGAAAGGCAUCGAGGAAGGAAAUCGCACAACAAGCGGCAGCAGCAGCGGCGGCGGCCGCAUCAGGCGAUGGCCAAAAAUCUACUGCGGCCGCAUCGUCGGGCGAGAGGUCGCCAAUCGAGCCCCGAAUGGAGCACAAGUCAUCUCUCGACGAAUCAUCAGAUGGGAAUCAACGAAACUCUGGAACUGCGAAUGAACUCGCAGGGGCGCAAAACAUCAACAACGCGCAUCUAAUGAAAGGCAAUGGACGCGCUCGAACUAGCGGACAGCUCGGAGAUUUACCACACCAGCUCCAGCCAAUGAUGACAAACCGACACGAUGACGCCAUGAGCCAGUCACAGAUGGACAGCCCAACAGAAAUAGGGCUCAACGGCUACGGCGCUAUGCAUGGCUAUAAUCGAUCGGUCAAUGGCCAUCUGAUGAACAGAAAUGCAUACGUUUAUUCCUCUACUUCUUUACCCGGAUACCCAGUCCUCCCAUACGCCAUCCAGAGCCCCCCACAUUAUCCAACGAAUAAUCAAUCCCCCGGAUUCAGGCUAGGGGACAGUCCCAUGACUGGGUACUCGAUGGAGACACCCACCGUCACCUCCCCUGGCUGGGCCCCCAUCGAGUCUCCCAUGAACCAAUAUCACAUGACACCUCACCAUCAUGUUCAGACACAACUGAGAUACCCAGUCUUACAGCCCCUUGUGCCUCAUCUGACUGGAAUAAUACCCAUCUCGUUGGCAUGCGAGCUGCUUGACCUUUACUUCGCCAGCUCAUCGUCGGCGCAGAUGCACCCAAUGUCGCCGUAUGUACUUGGCUACGCCUUCCGUCGACGGUCAUUCCUUCACCAGACAAAGCCACGGCAAUGCACCCCAGCACUCCUGGCGAGUAUGCUCUGGGUGGCUGCACAAACUAGCGAUGCUGCAUUCUUAACAAUCCCGCCCCCAGCUAGAGGCCGAGUUUGCCAGAAGCUCCUAGAGCUUACUGUCGGCCUGCUAAAGCCGCUUAUCCACGGUCCUCCAGCUGAUGAAGCAUCGAACAACUUCUCCGAUACAGUCAUCAAUGGAGUUGCGCUGGGCGGACUGGGCGUAGCAAUGCCUGGCACUGUCAGUGAAGAAGCCAUGACUGGCGAAGGCGGCGCGUUUGGCGCUGCCGGUGCUUUGGAUGACGUUGUGACAUAUAUCCAUCUCGCAACUGUCGUUUCUGCUAGCGAGUACAAAGGUGCAAGCCUACGCUGGUGGAAUGCAGCCUGGUCGCUCGCCCGCGAACUGAAACUCGGCCGUGAGCUACCACCAAGUUCCAUACCACAACCCGACAAUGACGUGGACGCCGAUGGUGAAGCUGAUGAUGAUUUGGAGACCCCACAUCCUCCCACCGGCUCACCGUGUAGCAUCACGGAGGAGGAGCGUGAAGAGCGCCGGAGAAUCUGGUGGCUAGUUUACACAGUCGACCGACACUUGUCGUUGUGUUACAACAAACCCCUGUUUCUUCUGGAUGUUGAAUGCGACCGUCUGCUGCAGCCAAUGGAUGAUACAUUAUGGCAGAGUGGGGAGUUCUAUUCCGGUGAUUCUAGCCUUCAUAUUACUUCCCCGAACGGCUCAGCCCAAAUCAGAAGGAAAGGACCUAACUUUGAGUGUACUGGCCAUAGUAUAUUUGGGUAUUUCUUGCCCCUAAUGACCAUACUCGGCGAGAUCGUAGAUCUCAACCACGCCAAGAAUCACCCGCGAUUCGGCGUUGGGUUCCGCUCCGGCCAGGAGUGGGACGACUACGCCAACGAGAUCACGCAGCAGCUUGAGGCGUAUGGGCGUAGCUUGAAGGACUUCGAGUUAAGGCACCUGUCUAGCAAUGACGGGAACCCGGGCGCGAAUAAUGGCACUGGUCCUGAUGGUAUGGCCAUGGGCCAGGAGGACAUUUCAUGGCCGCACUCGGUCAAUACGACGACGUCGCGCAUGACGACUGAGUCGGAUAUUCAGACGCGCAUUGUCGUCGCGUAUGGCACACACGUCAUGCACGUCCUUCACAUCCUCCUUAGCGGGAAGUGGGAUCCUAUUUCGCUCCUCGACGACAACGAUCUCUGGAUCUCGUCGCAGAGCUUUAUUAACGCUACUGGCCACGCCGUGUCGGCUGCCGAGGCGAUAGAGAGCAUUCUCGAAUUCGACCCGGGGCUAGAGUUUAUACCAUUCUUCUUCGGCGUCUACCUGCUCCAAGGGAGCUUCUUGCUCCUGCUCAUUGCAGACAAGCUGCAGAGCGAGGCGAGCCCCAGCGUGGUCAAGGCCUGCGAGACAAUCGUCAGAGCCCACGAGGCCUGCGUGGUUACUUUGAAUACAGAAUACCAGAGGAAUUUCCGCAAGGUCAUGCGGUCGGCGCUCGCGCAGGUGCGCGGUAGACUACCAGAGGACAUUGGGGAGCAGCAGCUUUGGCGACGCGAAGUGCUAUCGUUGUACAGGUGGACAGGAGACGGCACAGGUCUGGCUUUGUAAGACUAAAAAUAUGAAGUUGAAGGAGUUUUCGUUUGGAGUCUGGGAAGGGGUAGGGAAUGGGGGAUGGGUUAUA